GCUCCUCAAUGGGCAGGCAAGGACUACUGCGCCGCACCGCAGUAGGCGCAGCAGCCUCCAGGAGCUCUGCCGUUCGCCGCGCGUCGGGAUGGCUCCUAUCCACGGGCGUGUGAGCUUCUGGGAGUGGCCGAUCACUCCCUCGGUACUCGCUCCCAGCCAAUCACGCCCAUCGCACGCCCCGUCGCCAAGUCAUCCGCGCGGAUUGCCGCGUGCUCUUGCCUUAGUCGCCACCACCAUCCGUGCUUUCUCCUUUCUGCUCCUUCUACUGCUCCCGUCGCUCCUCGUUGCAUCAGCCGCCGUCCCCUCACAUCCUCCCGCGGCCUCUUCACCUGCCGUCUGCCCCUCCGACUUCCCCGCGUCAACCUGCCCUGCCGCGCCCGUGCCCACCGCGCCUCCCUCAUCCCUUCCGCCUACUAGCGCGGAUGGCGAAUCAGCAGUUCCGCCUCCCGCCCUCUCCGCCACCGUUUCCGCCUCUUCCCCCCUGCGCAUUUCUCCCGAGCACCGCCCUCUCCGCGUGCCCGUGCUCUGGAUGGCGCCGUUCCUCUCCGCGGGGGGGUAUUCCUCCGAGGCCGUCGCGUAUGUCACUUCCCUCGCCGCCUCGCCUCGCGCGCCGCCCUUGAGAAUAGCGCAGCACGGGGACGGCACCAACUGGGAAUAUAUUUCCGGGCUGCCCGACUCCACUGUUCGAGUGCUGGAGGAUCUUUUCGAGGGGACCACGGGAGCAGCAGGGGGAGAAGGAGGGGAGGAAGGAGCGGGAGGAAGCGAGGGGGUGAAGAACGGUAGGGAGGAGGAGGAAGGUGGGGCAUGGGAGAGGCUGUGGCGUGAAGGAGGAGGAGCAGGGAGGGGAGGAACAGAGGGAGGAGAAACGCCAGACGGGCACGAAGCAGCUGAAGCUGUGGGAGAAGACAGCAGCAGCAGCAGCAGUAGCAGCGGCAGCAGCGGCAGUCCAUUACACGGCAUCGUCAUCUGCCACAGCGAGCCUGGCGCGUGGGCGCCUCCGUUGUUCCAAACCCCUCCGUGCCCGCCUGCAGCCCUGCAGGCGUCUGCGUUCCUCAUCGGGCGCACCAUGUUCGAGACGGACCGGGUGACCCCCAUGCACGUGCAGCGCUGCAACCGCAUGCACCAGGUGUGGGUGCCCUCUGCCUUCCACCGCCACUCCUUCGCUGCAAGCGGCGUCCACCCGUCCAAGCUGAGAGUGCUGCCGCAGCCUGUCGACGUCCAUGCCUUCCACCCGCCUCCUCUCUCCCCCGCCCUCCGCCCCUCCCUCCCUCCCGCUCACCUCGUUCUAGGCCCGGACCGGUUGCCGCAGACACGUAAUGCGCGUGGGGGACCAGGGGGUCAUGCAGAGGACGAGGGCGGCUUGCUGGGUGAUGAGACUGGGGGGGAGGGGAGUGGGAGUAGGGAUGUGGAGAACUGGUGUGCUGAAGGGGGUGGUGUGGGAGAGGGGUCACUGGCAUCGGAAGGAGAGGGCAACGACGGCAGGCCAUUUGUGUUGCUGAGUGUGUUCAAGUGGGAGCAGAGGAAGGGGUGGGACGUGCUGCUGAGGGCCUUCCUCUCCACGUUCACUGCGUCGGACCCGGUGCUCCUCUACCUCGUCACCAACGCCUACCACACUGACUCCCACUUUGCAGCCAAGAUCGCCUCCUUCCUCCGCUCUGCCAACCUGACUGAGCCACCUGAGGGCUGGCCGUCUCUCUAUGUUCGGUCUGAGCACGUGGCGCAGUCUGACCUGCCUAACGUUUUCCGGGCAGCUGAUUGUUUUGUGCUGCCAACCAGAGGGGAGGGAUGGGGGCGACCGAUAGUGGAAGCCAUGGCAUCAGGACUGCCAGUGAUAGCCACUAAUUGGUCUGGCAUAACAGAGUAUCUGACUGAGGAGAAUGGAUACCCUCUACCUGUAGACUAUCUCUCUGAGGUUCCUGAUGGGCCAUUCAAGGGGCACUUGUGGGCAGAGCCUUCAGUUUUGGAGCUCUGCAAGUUAAUGCGGCGUGUGCUGUCUGAUAGGGCAGGUGCAAGGAGGAAGGGGUGUGCAGCUCGAAGAGACAUGGUUCAGAUAUAUGCUCCAGAUAGGAUUGCGCAAGUGUUGAUUGUCUUGCUUGGGGAGGUGGAGGCCAGCAUUUUGCAAAACCAAGCUAAUGUGAAAUAGGGUGUUGCAUUGUGGGGAUUUCAUGUUGUGCAAUAGUUUUUGCAAGUUCUUGCUUUUUGUGCAUAUUGGUUACGAG